GACCAGGGAAAGAGAUCUUCAGCGAUGGCGUAACCAAAAAACGCAGAGAAAAUAUACACAAAAACGCUUUUUCUUUUUUUGGGGACUUUUUCUUUUUGGAAACCCUAAUUUCCCCUUUUCCUAUGAAAAUAUUCUCUUCUCUGAAAACCAGGGAAUAUGUAUUAGUGAAUUUUGGGAGAAAAGGAAGUCUCCAUUAAUCUAGAGUCCAAUUUGUUCAGGGAAUUCGAGUUUUCUUCUCAUUUAUGGGAUUAAAUUUCACUACAGAUCGAGAAUUCUUUUGGGUUUCCUUAAUUUUGAAUGUUUUGAUCUGAUCAAUGGAGGUCUAGAGGUGAUUCAGUCGUUUUGGUUUUGGCUUCAGCCAUUCUCGAUUGCGAAGAAGGCAAUGGCGCAAGAGGGUUUGAGUUCGAUGGAAAUGGCUUUGGAUUCAAACCCAUUUAUGGUCUCCUGCACUUCUGUAAUGGAGGAUGUGAUUCAGCAGACCAGGUUGAGUGAUGUUAACUUGGCGUCGAGAAAAGCAGAGGAAGCAGCUUCGAGAAGGUAUGAAGCAGCAGGUUGGCUUAAGAAGAUUGUGGGAGUUGUUGGAUCGAGGGAUUUGCCCAAUGAUCCCUCUGAGGAAGAGUUUUUACAUGGAUUACGAAAUGGGUUAAUCCUCUGCAAUGCCAUCAACAAAGUCCAACCUGGUGCAGUUCCUAAGGUAGUUGAAAAUCCAACUGCUGCAGUUCCUCCUCCAGAUGGGGCGGCUCUUUUGGCAUAUCAAUACUUCGAAAAUGUGAGGAAUUUCCUUGUAGCAGUGCAGGAGAUGAGGCUUCCUACAUUCGAAGCAUCUGAUUUGGAAAUGGGAGGGAACUGUGCGAAGGUUGUGAACUGUGUCUUGGGUCUUAAAUCCUACAGUGAUUGGAAGCAAACUGGCGGGAAUGGGAUGUGGAGAUAUGGAGCUAAUUCUAAGCCACCGACCAACUCAGGAAAAUGUGUUGUAAACGUAAAGCCUUCCAAAAAUUCUGAUCCCUUCAUGAAUUCAUUGUCAAAGAACUUGUACCAAACUGAUCCAAGUGGUCCACAGCAAAUGGAUGACAAAGGCCAAAAUGGUUUCUCAUUAUCACGACAGAAUUCAAGUGCGAAUCUUUCUUUAGAUUCUACUGAAGUGACUCCUGGUUCUCAUUCUUUAAAUACGCUGGUUCGCGCUGCUCUCUCAGAUAGGAAGCCCGAGGAGGUUCCCUGUCUUGUGGAAUCCAUGCUUAGCAAAGUCAUGGAAGAGUUUGAGCGCCGUCUUGCAACCCAAAGCGACCAGCUCAAAACAGUUCUUAAGGACUUGGUUGCAUCUGGUGACAAGAAGUCCCUUCCCAAAGCUAAGGUCUUGGCUGCUCUUGCCGCCGCUUCCAGAGAUUUGAAUAUGGAAAUCAAUGAAGAAGAUGGCACAUGCCUCUAUGUUUCUUCAACCCCACCAGCCUAUAAAGAGGAAAUGGAUCAUCGGGCUCUAAGACAAAAAACACUCUUUGAUCAACAACAAAGAGAAAUCAAGGAACUGAAACACAUUCUUCAAACCACUAAAGCUGGGAUCCAUUUUAUGCAAAUGAAAUACUCUGAAGAUUUCUAUAUUCUUGAGAGGCAUCUCUGUGGUCUUUCCCGAGCUGCAUCAGGCUAUAAUAAAGUCCUUGAGGAAAAUCGGCAUCUGUAUAAUCAAGUCCAGGAUCUUAAAGGAAGUAUUCGGGUUUAUUGCAGAGUGAGGCCCUUCUUGCCUGGUCAAGCAAGCCGCUCAAGCACUGUGGAUUACAUUGGUGAUGGAAAUCUCACAAUCUUGAACCCUUUGAAACAGGGGAAGGAUGCCCGUAGAUCAUUUAACUUCAACAAAGUGUUUGGUCCAUCUACAACUCAAGCGGAGGUGUUUGCGGAUACGCAACCUUUGAUUCGGUCUGUUUUGGAUGGGUACAAUGUUUGUAUAUUUGCAUAUGGGCAAACUGGUUCAGGGAAAACCUACACUAUGAAUGGUCCUAAAGAGAUCACAGAACAAAGCCGAGGGGUCAACUACAGGGCAUUAAGUGACUUAUUUUGCAUCUCAGAACAAAGAAGAGACACUUUUAGCUAUGAAGUUUCUGUUCAGAUGAUUGAAAUUUACAAUGAACAAGUUAGAGAUCUCCUUGCUGCAGAUGGUCUCAACAGGCGAUUAGAAAUUCGUAAUAACUCUCAGCAAAAGGGUCUUAAUGUUCCUGAAGCAAAUCUGGUACUUGUUACAUCAACAUCUGAGGUGGUUGAACUGAUGAACAUAGGGCAUAGAAAUCGGGCUGUCGGAGCAACUGCCUUGAAUGACCGUAGUAGUCGAUCUCACAGUUGCCUGACCGUGCAUGUUCAAGGGAGAGACAUGACAUCGGGCGCUGUUCUAAGGGGAUGUUUGCAUUUAGUUGACCUUGCCGGAAGUGAGAGGGUCGACAAAUCUGAGGCUACGGGAGAGAGACUAAAAGAGGCCCAACAUAUAAACAAGUCUUUGUCAGCUCUUGGCGAUGUAAUUGCCUCUCUUGCACAGAAAAAUGCCCAUGUUCCUUACAGGAACAGCAAACUCACCCAAUUGCUCCAGGACUCACUUGGGGGUCAGGCAAAGACCUUGAUGUUUGUUCACAUAAGUCCUGAUGUUGAAGCAUUUGGAGAAACUACUAGUACACUCAAAUUUGCAGAAAGGGUUGCCAGUGUUGAGCUAGGUGCUGCACGUGUAAACAAGGAGAGUGUUGAUGUUAGAGAGCUCAAAGAACAGGUUGCUAGCCUUAAGGCAGCAUUGACAAAGAAGGAAGGAGAACAGGAGCAGGUAAGAAGUGCAAGAUUGAGUCCUGAGAGACAAAGGAUAAAGGGUAGUGGGCCAUCGCCAAUGCAUUCAAGUCGACAAAAUGGAGAUGUGCAAGGAGUGGUCAGUAACCACAGGCUGCCCAUGGAAGAAGUGGGAAACAUAGAGGUUCGAAGCAACAUCACUGCUAGACCAAAGAUACCAAGCUUUGACCCUCCAGAUUUCUUAACACAAUUGAACUCACCACCAUGGCCAGAUAGUGGCUUGAAGAAUGAGUUACAGAAGAGAGAGGAGAGAGAAAUGGGUUCUCCAGAUUGGGUAGACAAGGUGAUGGUAAACAAACAAGAAACAGGCUGGGAAGGCGAAAGUCCAAUGCCAGAUAUCUUUUACCAGAAAUACAUAGCAGAUAUGAGAAAGAUAUAUCCAGAUCAACAGUAUACCUGUCAACCUGAUGAUAUCAGUAGGUUGAGAAGCAGGAAAGCCAGUCAAGACUUUGAAGAUAAUAUGCUGAGGAGUAGCAGCUAUGAGAUGGCAACAACUGAUGAUUCGGACGAGAUAGAGAUAGAAACAAGUGAUUCUUCAGAAGCUGAUUUGUUGUGGCAAUUCAAUCUUCCAAAUAAUGUCACCACUGGUAAUGCUACUUCGGUGAUGAAUGUGUUGGGAUCAAAGAUCAAGAAGCCUCAACAGAGGCUCGUGAAGAGCCCCAAUAAAAGGAAUCCGAAUCAAGCACAUGGUCCUUCACCUUCUCGUAAACUAUCAAAUGGUGGUCCAGCACGCACUGGAAGGCAGCCGGUUUCUGGCGGAGCUGACGGGAAACGCCCAUCAUCAGGUGGAAAGUUUGGAGUAAAUGGAAAGUGAAUGAUAAAGUCUCAUCUUCUUCAAAAAGAAAAAGAAAAAGAUGGAAAAGAGAGAUAAAUAUUCUUAGAGCUUUGGUUUUUGUUUCCAAUUUCUUCGUCUUUUUACGCAGCAAUCAUUCCAGUUGCUUUGUAUUUGUAUGGGUGACCUGGCGAGCUAUAUUCAUCUGUGUAUUCCUUUAUUUUUCUUUUUCAUUUUUUUGGUGUUCUUUUUAUCAAAGGAAAAUAAAGAAAAGAGAAGAAAAACUGGAACGGUGAGCGUAGGGUUGGCUGUGUGGCUUUCUCAUAAAUCUUGUAUUUACUCUUUCAAUUUAUUGUUAUUAUUAGUAUUAUUUA